AUGGCGUCUUCUACUUCUUUUGCUCUUCUUUUCUUAGCAAUCGCCACCGCCACAACCACUGCUGCUGCCAAGGAAUUCCAGGUCGGAGACGCCGUUGGGUGGCGAAUACCAGCCACCAACGAAACUGAACUCUACAAUGUCUGGGCUUCAAGAAGGCGUUUCCAUAUCGGCGAUUCCCUUCGGUUUCAUUACAAGACUGAUUCGGUGGUGGUGGUUGAAAAAUGGGGGUUUUACCACUGUGAUUCAAGCAAUCCGUUAUCGUUUUUCAAUGAUGGUAAUACCCUCAUCAAUCUUGACAAAGUGGGUACGAUUUAUUUCAUAAGUGGGAACGCCGAUCGUUGCAAUAAAGGCCAGAGAAUGACUGUGAAGGUGAUGAAUCUCCACCAGUUUCCUCCAUCAAUCGCGCCAUCAAUCGCCAUUCCGCCACAAAACAACCCUUACUACGCCAUGUCUCCUUCUCCUUCGCCAUCUCACCUCUCGGGUUCGGGUACUUCAUCGGAUUCUGGGCCGGUUGCUUCAGUUUCUGCAUCGAUCAUGGUUCUUAUUGUUGGACUUGGUUUGUGGUUGGUGCAGCCAUAG